AUGGCUACCCCCAGUGUCCUUACUUUCGAUGCUGAGGGCUGUGCCGUUGACUUUGAGGUGUGGGUGGAUGACCUCCAGCUGUUUCUCCAGUGCGAUAGGGCAGACGGACUCUCUCUGUUCGAUCUCACCUCUGGUGUCUCUCCUACCCCGAUUGCCACUGCUGACAGCACUGUUCGCUCACAGUGGGCCACACGCGAUGCUGCUGCUCGCCUUGCUGUGCGCCGCCACUUACCGACCACUGAGCGUGCACACUUUAGCCAGUACAAGAGUGCUCAGACCUUGGACCACUUCCUCUCAGUUUGCCCCACCACUCUCACCGUUGACCUCCUCAAGAAGGGCCUCCUAGCAGCAGAGAAGAGCAUAGUAGCUAUAGGAGCCUCUCGUGGUGACCCUCGCACCUCCGUCUUUGAGGGGUGUUCCCCCUCCCCCCUCUUGCCCUCUGUUGCUUCUGCUGCUGCGGCCGACCUCGUUGGUUUCGAGUCGGUCGGCGCUGCGUCUACCCCUAGCGGGAGACGCCGCACCGGCAAGGGCAAGGGGGGCAAGGGCGCUGGAGGGGCUGGCGGGGGCGGUGGAGGUGGUGGUGGAGGCAGUGGAGGGCGCGGUGGGGGUACGGGUCCCUCCACCUACGUUCUCCGCACCGGCGAUCGCGCUGGUGAGCAGUGCGGGGGCCCGCACUCCACCCAGCGCUGCUUCGGCCGCCUGACGGACGCGUGGCAUCACCAGUUCCCUGGGGCCUCUGAGAUCCCUCGCUGUGGAGAGCUGUCUAGGGCGGGGGUUGCUAUCUUUGAUCUUGAUUUUGAUGCUAUUCUUGCUGCCAUGUAUGCUGUUGAUGAUAGUGUUGCGGGUGACUGUUACCUGUGUGUACCGCCUGACCCGGGCAUUGAGGCAGUUGCUCUAGGUGCUCGUGCGUCUAGUGCCCUAGGUGCCAGUGCGUCUGCUGCCCCAGGUGCUGGUGAGUCUGCGCUCUCAGGUACUACGUCGGCUCAGGCCUUACACACCUUCACCCUUGACUCGGGUGCGUCCCGCUCCUUCUUUCGAGACCGCACCACUCUUACGCCGCUCAGUCGGCCGGUUGCGGUCUCCCUGGCGGACCCCUCUGGGGGUCCUGUCCUUGCUAGCUUCUCCACUGUCUUACCGUGCCCAGCAGCCCCCUCUGGCACCCUGCCGACACUUGGCCACGUUCACCCGUCGGCCAGUGUCGAGCCUAUACACCCUUACUACUGA